UUGAUUUACUCGAGCAGCUAAUCAAAGUUGUUCGAAGUGAUCCGACGAGAACCAGAACCGAAGUGAACCGAAAGUGCGAAUUCAACAAUUAAUACCCGAGCCUGAUAGUAACAUGCAGGACAAAGGUGCCAAAGUCAGCUGCUGCAGCAAAUCAACCUCAGGUGAAGAUUCCAAGAAGAUACCUGCAGCUUCCAAACGGAGCUGUUGCAAAAUUGAAAUUUGCUGCUUCGAAGGAAACUGCUGCAUCAAGGAAAGUGCUGCAGCAAACCUGGGCCUUGUGCUUGCAAGGACUGCAACUGCCCUAAAGAUCCUUGCGGUGAAACUUGCAAAUGUUCUGCAGAAGGGAAACCUUGCUGCUGCAAAAUCAAAAUCUGCUGCUCCCCGGGAAGUUGCUGCAGCAAACCUGUGCCCUGUUCCUGCACGGAAAGCUCUGGAAGCCCUUCAGGUUGCUGCAUAAUCAAAAUCUGCUGCUCCAAAUCUCAGUCUGGCCCCUGCAAAUACUGCGAAAUUUCCAAGGAUUCAUGCGGUGAAAACAGCGACUGCACCACUGGCUGCUGCAUCGUCAAAAUCUGCUGCAGUCCAGGAAAAGUGGGAAAAGCCUGCUGCUGUCGCAUUAAGAUUUGCUGCUCUGCAGGCCCGGGAAAUCAUGACAAGGAUUCUGCAGCCGAAGCUGCAGCUGCACCCUCAAGUUGCUGCACUAAGAAGUGAAACCCUCGAUAAGAUGUUUGAAGUACUGAUAACCAAUAAACAGCUAAAGUGUAUUAAAUAGUGGAAAAUGUUUAAGGGAAACUUGUAGCCAAUAAAUAGUGUGCACCUAA